UGAUUCGGUUCACACGAAAACAAAGCUUGAUUCUUCUCUCCCUUUUACUCAAUGUUUGUGAAUAGAACUUGCUUGAUUUGUGUCCACGAUGAGGUUUUUUUUUUUUACUGAAUUGUUGGUGGAUUGGUUCAUCCGGUGAAGGAGUCGUUACCGUGCGAAGAUUUUUUUUUUUGGCUCUCCUUGCACGCUUCCUUUCUCGCCGGCUGCCAUAUCUCGUCUUUCCAUUCACCUUCCCUUCGUCUUUGACUGCUUCCUUGGCGAAGGAAGAAGCAGUCUUCGCGGAGUCCUCCCAUGCGGUCUCCGCCGCUGACCCGGAACCCUGCUGCCAAAUUUGACAGCUAAAAUGUAAAUGUUAUAGCUGUGAUUGUGAUUUACCAAAGUCCUGCAAUUUAGUUAUUCGUUUAAUUAUCAUUUAUAUCUGGAAAAAAAAUAAUUGGUCAAACUGCCGCUCAAGUGGCGGCGUUGAUGCCGGGCCGUUGAUUGGCAAAAUGACGCGUCCAGACCAAUCCACGAACGCCACGUCUGCGGAGUAGAUCGUGUAUUAUUCUACGGCCCUCUGUCCCUGCACGCAGAUAAACCUUCCUGCUCUCGGUCCCCGCGUCUUCCUGUUUUCUUUUCCGUUCAGCGCAGUUUGCCAAGUGGCUGCUUCCUGUUCAUCUCUUACGCAUAGAGGGAGGUGAUGGAGGACGGCAUGGGCGACUUGUUCGACCACAUCGAGGACUUCCUCGACUUCCCUGGCGAAGAGGACGUGUUCGGGCUGAUGGAGCCCUGCGGCGGUAUGAGCGGCGCGUUGUUGCUUCCGCCGCUUCCGGUGCCGGUUGCCGAUGAGCUUUUAGGAGACGGCGUCGGUGAGGACUCGCUCGAUGGCUUCACUACAGCAGACAACAAGGCUGGGGUCGACUUCAGCAAGGAAGACGACAAGGUAGGCGCUUGGGAUGAGAUUGACAUUAUGCAAUUGGAAUGGAUGUCCAAAUUCCUUGAUGACCCUGAGUCCUCCCUCGGUCUCCAUAGCGGCGGCGGCGACGCUGUCGACAAAAGUGCCACCAGCGAUGACAGACCCGGCGAAACUAAAGCCGAUCAGCGUUGUUUCUUUCGCACUUCGAGCCCUGUCUCUGUGCUCGAACCGAGCACGAACACCGGUGGCAGGGGCAUCAGCGAGUCGUCGUCAUCGUCCUCUUACUCUUCAUCGUCGACCUCUGCUUCCUACUUCAUCGGCGGUAAGAAGGACACUAGGGCGCUUCCUCGUCCUCCUCUUAGCAGGCCGGAGCCACCCACGGUGUUAGCCGUUCCCGCUCGCGCGCGGACCAAGCGCGCGCGUCCGGCCGCAUUCGUGCCCCGCCCCCACGUCGUCGUCCCCUGUUCCCUGCCGGCGCCAACCGAUACGAUUGCGGCCCUCCCCUCUCCGCCCUCCUCCGAGAGCUUCGAGGAGUCAUCAUUUCGUGCUCCGCCGCGGCCGCUUCCCACCAAAAAGAGCAAGAAGAGGAACCAUCCAACCGACGAGGGGGACUACUCGUGCUCGCCACCGGCGGUGCGUAAGUGCUUGCAUUGCGAAAUCACCAAGACCCCGCAGUGGAGGGCGGGGCCUCUCGGUCCAAAGACCCUAUGCAACGCCUGCGGCGUCCGCUACAAGUCCGGCCGGCUCUUCCCGGAGUACCGCCCCGCCGCCAGCCCCACCUUCGUCCCCGCCGUUCACUCCAACUCCCACAGAAAGGUCGUCGAGAUGCGCAACAUGGCCGACCACAACACUGUCGUCACCGACGACUGCGAUCUCCUCGAGUACAUUCGCCGGCGAGCGUGAGACGUACACGCCGCAACCAACCCACGAUGAGCAACAUGGAUACUCGAUUAGCAGCAGGAUUUGGCAGAUUUUUUUUCCUUUUAAGAAUUUCUUAGAUUCAGAAAUUAUCCCGGUAUCCGAUUCCAUUUUCUUUUAAUAUUCCAUGUAUUUCCCCUGAAAUUUUGUACAGACAAGGGGGGGGAGGUGACAAGUGAUGGGAGAACCACUGCACUGUCAGGUAGGAGGUAUUAGUUGACAGGGACAUUACGACACAGCGAGUGAGACAAUGUAGUUGUUAUUGUUUAGUUAGAAGGAAAGCAAGUCCAAGAAAGGAGAUUAGCGAGGGGGAUUUCUACUAAAGGAGGGUUUAGUUUGAUUGUCGAAGCUUGGUGUAUUAAAUUCUUUUUGCAGUCGAUUGAUUGAUAGUGACUCAGUAGAUUAUAGUAUUGUAGCUUGCUAUUUGUAUUGACAUUCUGCCUUGCUCUUCUCGCUCAA